UUCCCUCCACUAGGAGCGAGAAGGGACGCAACUGUACAAGAAACUGACUUAGAAGGCGAACAAGAAGUGCAGGAAGAACAAGAACAAGACGAAGAAGACAACGAAGAACCUCAAGAAGACGUAAAACCAGAGGACAUGCCUGCAGAACUCAAAGACGAAGCAGAGAAGGUAAAGCGGGGAGUUCCUCAAAUUUCCGUAAGAAGUUGCAGGAUUCUGAAUAAAUAUGGAUAUUGUAGAAAUGCUGGAAUUGCGCGUUUCUGUAUCAGCACUUGCCGACCAUGCGUUGACAGGCUUUCUCGCAGGAGCUGUCAGUUGCUGAAAAUAAAGUACAGGCAAUGUCGUCACCACACUGGGCGCUUUUACUGUCGUAGGACAUGCGGACAUUGCGGUCAAAAACCAUUACCUGUUCAGUGCAGAAGGUAUGCUCGACUCAGUGAUGCUACACGAAGGCAAAGCUAUACAAAUAACAAAAUUAUACGCUGUGACAACCGUUUGCCACAGCGAUGGUAUCGUUUCGGUGCACAAGGAAAAAAUCUCCCGACCAGGCCUACCAGACCAUAUUAUUGUGGAACUCACGCCUCAGGGUGGAUGACAGGUGCUCUCCCAAGAAUUCGUGGACAAACUGUGUCUCGUAUAGUCUGUUUUAGCUGGGGUAAAAACAAAUGUGCUUGGAGACUCCCUAUCUAUGUUACUAACUGUGGCAUCUACAACGUGUAUUACCUCAGACCAACUAAAGCUUGCAGUCUUCGAUACUGUGGCAACCUUUAAAGGGUUAGUAUUAAGAAACUAAUCAAUCUUUCAUGGACCUUGGAAAUGGCAAGCACUACUAUAUUUACAAAAUAAUCACUACACAUUAAUCACAAGUAAACACACUAUCGGUUUUUUAACGCUAAAAGUUCCUGCAAGAUGGUAUUGAAUGAAGAAGACAAAGCGACAAACAAACAAACAAGGUCGGGCGAUUCUGAAAGAAGGAUAAAAGCUGAGGGAGCGAUAGAAGGAGGAGGGAAUCAGGAAGAAAACAGGAACAUUAAAUAAUCAAUAGAUCAAACAUUUUUGUAAAAGCAGUUUUCUGGUUAAAUAAAAAUCAUGCAUUCAAA